GUACUGUUUGUUAUUACGGAAACACCUGCUUCGUCACUGUUCAUUCCGUCUUAAAGGGAUGAGGCGGUGAUGUAAGUACACGGAAAACCAAACAGGCUCCCGACAAACAUGCUGAGCUACGCGCUGGUCGCGUGUUUGUCGGUUUUAGUGGCCGUACUGUUUCUUCCGCCUGAUUGGUCUGUUGAUUUGGGGAAAGAGUCACAGAAGUUGCGCCUCCUAAGCAGGAGUGACCUCUCUCUAUACAACGGAGAAAAGGGCAGCAGGGGCCUUUACUUGGCCAUUCUGGGCCAGGUUUUUGAUGUACACAAAGGGCACAAACAUUAUGGACCCGGUGGUGCUUAUCAGUCUAUGGCAGGUAAAGACGCCUCGCUGGCCUUCAUCACUGGUGACUUUACAGAAAAGGGCCUCAUAGAUGAUGUGUCCAGUUUGUCUCCACUGCAGGUGGUGGCCCUUUAUGACUGGCUGGCCUUUUAUCACAGACAAUACCAACAUGUUGGGUUGCUAGUAGGACGGUACUAUAAUGAGACCGGACAGCCCACAAAGGCCCUGCUGGAGGUCGAAGCAUUACUAGCGGAGGGCCAGAGACUAAAGGCCCAGGCUGAAAUUGAGAAGGUUCACUUUCCUGCCUGCAACUCUGAGUGGAGCGCUGGCCGGGGUGGAAGAGUCUGGUGCUCCACUAAAAGUGGUGGAGUGAUAAGAGACUGGACGGGUUUGCCACGAAAGCUUUUCUCCCCAGUUUCCGGCUAUGUACAGUGUGUCUGCAUCAAAGAUCCAUCUACAGCAGAAGAAGAUCCCAGCCUACAGGAAUAUGAUGGCUGCCGUUCAGAUGCCGACUCAUGCAUGGUGGGAGAAGACCAAGUCUCUGGAGCAGUCACGAAAAACAGGCCGAUGCCUUCAGAUUGAACACGCUUCAGAAAAGGAAAUCACAAUGAGCCUUUUUAUAACAGAUGACGGAUAAAGACAUGUCGCUGCACGCUUUGUCGAUGACCUUUAUAUAAAGUUGUCCUCCCCUCCUCUAAAAGAAUACACCAGGAAGAGACAGACCAGAUAUCUGAGCAUACAGAUACAAUGUGCAUAAAAGAUUAAACAAUGUGCAUAAAAGAUUAACAGAGGCAAGAUUUUUAGGUUGUCACAAUGACAAGCACAAACUGCAUUUAAGUACAAAACAGUUGUAGUGGUCAAAAAUAUCACACAUUUAUCUGUACAAUUUAACAAUACUUAAAGAGGCCACUCCACUUGGCUGUCCCUCUACUUAGUCCGCAUCUUCCCCCAAUCAUCUGAAAUGUCGCGUGUUGCUGAUAAAGUGCACCGGUUAGGCUUAGAAAUUAAGGUCAUUAAGUGGGACGGGUCGACGUGAUCACAUAGCAAUGAUGGCCUCAGGCAGGUAAAAAGAAAAAAAAAUCUGGAAUGUUAUUGGGUGACCCCUUUCAGGACAUGAUUUAUGAUAUAACUGAUGUAUGAAGGCUAUAAAUGAAAUGACAUGCAUAGGCAUAUGAUAUAGAUCUGUCGCAAUAAUGUGAUGAAUUUGGCCCUCAGGUUCUUUGUCUUUAUAACUACUCGAUUAUAUCCAUUUUCUCUGGAGGGGGAAAUAAUUUGCUGUAGUUGUGCUCAAUUUCAUGAGUUUGCUGGCAUCAAAGUUAUUGUUUUAAUUAUGAUUAAUUUUUACUCUUUUGAGAAAGUUACUUCAAUUGAAAAUCUACUAAAAGGUUAAUGAUAAUUACUCACAUGGAUAAAUAAAUCUAUAUAACUGAU